GCAACAACAAUAGCGCAUAAUAAAUAGCUUGAGAAGUUGCGAACAAAAGCGACGCCGGUGACUGGGUCAGACGACUCGCACAUCUCACAGCCAAGGAACAGUAGGCCAGUCGGAGCUUAGCUCUGCCGUGCUGUGAAACUCUGGCUGGGAGUGAGCAGACGAGAGGAGGCUGCUCGGUGGGCAAUAUUACAUGAAUUCUAAAGCCUGUGAGUUACAUACAGACAUACGUACAUAUGAAAGAAUGUAGAGUUUUUAUUUGUUACUGUCACCACCACCACCACCACCACCACGCAGCUGCGUUUGAGCUUUCACUGUAAUUAUAGCAGAAUCUAGGCACAAUUACACAUAGCAAUCACUAUCCCUGGCAAAGAUUAACCCGAGUUGCAGCAGUCAGAGCAGCGGUGAGCAGCAGUGACAAUCGGCGGCGGGUGUGUGCGGUGAGCGCGAUUUGGUGCUCAAAAAAGUAUGGCUGUAGCGAUGCGACCAAAUGGUUUACAUCAUGCAGUUUCGUUAGGCACUAUUGAGGUGGCGUCUAAGUCAUCAGCGGCGGCUGCUUCUUCUAGCCAUUACGAUCGCAGUUACGACUCCGAAGAUGAGAAUAUGAGUCGACGCCGUUUGCGACACACCUCCUCCACAGAGCUAUAUCCGCGCCCAUCCGUUUACUCCAAAGGCGAUAUACGUGAACAGUACUGCUUAACUGAUCGUCAGCUGCAUAGCAUCGAGAGGCCGCGUCGCGAUCGUUUCUUUGGCUGUCUCUCGCGUCGCAGCGGUGUGCCGCAAUCGUUUCUGGGCGGCUGUGUUGGACGUCGUGUACCCUCGGAUGAGAACUUAGCUGCUUACGCGCCUUUCUACAAGUAUCCCCGAUAUCAACGCCCAUUUCCACAACACGACGACGACAAAUCACCUGAUUCCGAUAUGGAUAGUUCCUAUUUUCGACGACAACCAGCUUCGAUAUUGAGCACUGCGAAAACCCCAGACACCGGCAGCGGUGGUGGUGGUGGUAGCGGUAUCACUGGAGCGGCACCGAGUCUUGUCCAAGGUGUUGCGCCGCAACAACGAUACUCUUGGAUGGGCGUUCAGUCGGGCGUCGGCAAUGAGAAUGUCAACUUUACCAAUGAUCCGAGCGCAAGCCUGACUUGUUGGCUAACACCGUUCGAUUAUCAAUAUCGGAACAUUUAUAUGACGAACUGUUUUGCACUAUGCGCACAAAAUCAUUUUCAAAACUUCACAAAUCCACUCGAAACAAUUUGUUCGUAUCAUUAUCCCACCCAUGUCGGACUGCCAGCCGGCCAGCAACUACAAAUGGGCGGCACUACACCGAGAACCAAGCAUGUUAGUUUCGCUCGGUCGCAUACACUCACCUCCUUCGAUGAUGUCAAUUUGGGUUUACGUUCCUCCGGUCGCAUGAAGACCGCACGCAGUCAAGAACGUCUUAUUGGCGGCAAGAAACCAAUCAUUGCUUCGGGUCCUAUAUACGAGCCCACGCAACUGCAGUUGCAUAUGGCUCAGCAACAGCUGCCACCAGGUGUUUUGCAUCCACAACAGCAACACCAGCAGGCACAGCCACAGUUACAGGGACAUCACCAACCACAACCAAAACAUCAUCAGCAGCAACAGCAGCAGCAGCAAUACCCACAACUGCCGACCAAUUAUAUAACGACUUUACCGCCCGCACUCGCCGCCAUGCAUUCACAUCCACAACAAGCUGUCAUCCAUCAACAUGCGCCCCACAUCCAUCCAACGCAUGGCGGACAUGGCCAUUCACAUCAGCAUCACCAUGGACCGCCGCCCAUACAUAUACAUCAAUUUGUACCUGCCGGUUUUGCCGGCACCGAAUUAGGUCCGCAAGUACAAACUGAACAACCGAUUUCCUUAUUAACCGGCAGGCCUCUAACGCAUAUGGACGAACUGCCGCUGGGUGUCGGUGGUGGUGGUGGCGCUGCGACACACGCUGGCCUAAUGCCCAGCGGCUUGGGUGUGCUGACGUGUGCCACACAAGUGCUCGCACCGCCCAGUCCCGAGGUGUUGGUGGUGGAGAAGAAGUUUCGUAAUGCCAUGAAGACGCAAGCCACACAGACGGAGGUGCGUAAGGACGGUUUUACGCAAGUGUUGGCGUUAAGUCCGCGUACGGUUCACAAGGUUAAGGUGGUCUCACAGGGCGCACAAACGAAUGGUUUAUUGAAUGGAAAGAAGCUCGCGAAGAGUUUGUCGGAAAUGCCGAACGGAAAAGCGUUGCCGGGCUUAGAUGACAGACAAAUCAGAAACUACAUCGACCACAACAUAGUCUAUCGCACCCAAUCCGAGGAGCCACCUAAGUCACCACUUGAACUCGACGAUCCCAGUAAUAUAAAGUACUAUGAUCCACCACCCCCGCUUGAUACUAUCUCCUACUACAGUCAUCGUUCAUCACAACUGCCUUCCGAGGAGAGUAUGCCGUAUUUCCCCAAGGACGUCAUGGCUUUCGAUUAUGAGAGCAACAGUUUGCCGCGUCGCGCUUGCACUUUUCAUCGUGAGAGCAGCUUCAGCUCCAACAGUUUACCCCGCCGCGAGUCGCAACAUGCGCAUGAGAUUUGCAAACAUAUAACCGAGUGCACGGAAUUGAUGGACGGCAGUAAUAGUAGUGGCAGUGGUAAUGGUGGAUUGUUGGACUUUUCUAAGCCCCAUCUACUCCCACCGCCAAGUGAGUACUGUAAGGAUGCCGAUGAGCCAUUGACAUCCACUUCCACGAUAACAGCAGAGCCCAUCCAUGAACCGGAGCCAGCAGUAGUAACAGAUGUGAAUCGACGCAAAUCAAUGGUGGCGACCCUGCCGCCACUGGAUGAUGAUGUUACACCCACGCCGUUCAGACGCGACGACAUACGUCGACAAUCAAUGCCGGUCUAUGUGAAAACCGAAAAACUCAUUGAUGGCUUCGGACCACGCACAUCCUUUCGCUCGAAAGCGAAGCCGAAAACGGUGAUAGCUGGGGAUGUGUCGGAUGAGAAGGAAAUCUUUAUCGAUUUCAAACCAAAUAUUUCGGCAAAAGUAGCUGCGCAGCUGGCCCAAGCUAAACACCGAACGCUGCCAAAACAACCACAGCCAACGCAAAAGCUGGAGGAAGAGAAAGCUGUGGAAGAAUGUGAAAACUGUCGCGCUUUGCAGGCAGCCGAGCCGCGCUCCUCUGUCAGCGAAGAUGACUACGACCAAGAGCAGGCGGAGCACGAGCAACCCACUGAUGCGGAGGAUGCCGAUAAAACGACGCAGGAGGAAAGUGAUCAACAUGAUCCGCUUUAUGAGAAUGUGCCUGGUGUGCAAAAACCCAGCAGUGCCGCUGCUGAACGACGUGCCAGUAUGCGCAAACGCUCCGUCAGUCUCGAUGAACAAAAUGUGCAACAAGAAAAAGGUAUUGGUGUAUCAGCGCCACCAAGCCCCUGCCGCGAGGAACUACUAUUCGCCAACGCUUCCACCUAUCCAUCCUCGGACUCACUCGCCAACGAUGUGACACGCGAUCACUCCGAUGGCAUUUGGAAUGAGUCGCAGGUCACAGUGCUGACAGCCGAGCCGCCGAAGGAGGGUGUUGAGGGCACGUACACAAGCGCGAAUAUGUUGCUAACGCCGACUACGCGUCGGAAAAAUCUGCUAUUGCAACAUCAGCAACGCAGCUCCAUCGACACAGACGCCUUAGAUUUGGAGGACGCUCAAAUGGACUUGAGUCCCACUUAUGGCAUUGCAGUGAGCACUUUACCACCACCAAUACCUAAAUCUGGGAAAUCCAGCGCGCUCAUCACACAACAACCGCAAGCAACGUAUCAACGUGAGUCAAAGACAUCACCAUCGUCUGCGUCCUCAUUAACGGUGCCACCGAAAAUCACUACACCCUCAAUUGCCGUCACACCCAGUCUGUCCGUGUCGAAAGAGACCCUACCAAAGAAGUCGCCCGGCACCAGCAAACGUGUCAUUCAAGAGAUACCAACUGCCAUGCCACGCGAGGGUCGACGUGCCUCAGAUGUGCAACAGGCUAGAGUCGUAAUGGAUGCGACUUUGACCACUCCUCAAGCUUCCAACAACACUAGCAGCAGCAACAACAACAAGUUCAAUAACACCACCGACGUCUCGGAGUGUAGCACAAACACCGAUGAAUAUGCCACGUGCACCGACACCUCGAAGCGUACGCCAGGUAUUAAGACACCACCAACAACAACAAGCUCAUCAUCAACGACACAAGUACCAGUGUCCACACAAAGUUCACAGAUCGACCGUACCCAAGGCUCCUCGUUCGAGAGCGCUUCCUCGCUCUACUCCACGCGCGGCGAGGUGCUGUACGAGGAGCUAUUGCAACACGACGAGAAGCCGAGCAGCAAGUCACAUAAGCUCGAUCGCGAUUUCCAACUCAAAUCGCCUGUACCGCCAACAGAGCUCACGAAACGUUCACCCUCACACUCGAUUAGUAGCACUUCGUCGGGUAGUUAUAAUGUUGCCGGCCUGAAAACGCCAUCACCCUCAGCGAAACAUGCUGAGAAGCGCAUAGAGCUUACUGAGAAGUCCACGACUGCUCUGACCAAGCCGCCACACACGAUAGUAGCCAGCGGGGGGAAAGCGCAAGUCAUGGGUGCUACUAUUGCAAUCGCCACCAAAACCACCGAACCGUCAAUGUCUUCCGUUAUACGUGAGAAGACGCGUAUUAAACCCGAAUCGAUUUCAGAUGAUGAACGCAGCGAAGUACGCUACUCAUCCUCUGGUUACUAUGAAAGCCCACACGAUGAAGAUAACGUGCUGAAGUCGCGUCGUCAUCGACUCGAUGAGGAGCGUAAGCGCCGCAAGACAACAAUGAAGCUAGACAUCGAAAAAGAAAAUUUGCGCGCACUUACCAGUCCGAUUAAGAAGCCUGCGUCAACGUUAGCGGGCGCACAUGCCACGCCUUUGGCAGUGGCUACGGCUGGCGUGGGAAAGGAAAAACUGCCAGAGAAACAGUCCACAACCGGCGGUGGUACUAUCGAAUCCACAAGUCCGAAUCGUAUUAAACGUUUCCGUCCAAAGAUACGUCGUCAGUUUAGACGGAGUUCACGUGAUGACAGCGCACCGAAGCGACAAAAGAAUCUGGUCAACUUAUAUGGCAUACCACCAUCAGCGGGCAGUAAUGAGAAGCUUUUGGAUUACAGUGUUGGCGUUAAGAAGGAAGAGAAGGCACGUGAAGACUUAUAUGUUAGCGAGUCUAAGACGGUGAGUAAGGUAAUAACCUCGCCCACCUCAACUACGAAAGCGGCGACCACAACCGCAGCAAAAACUAAAUCAUCCUCCGAGGUUUGUCAACUGAAAGCAAAGUCCAUAGAAUCACUACGUUCCGUCUCGCCCGGUUCAGACUCUGUCUUCUACAGUGAGGCUGAUGGUCCACUGCCGGAGCCACAUAGUCAUUGUUUGCAUUGUGGCAAGGGCGCUGAAGGUCAGACAACGAGCAUAAUUGCUUUGGCAGGCGACUCAGUCGAAUCACUGCCUUACAUUGAGCAUGAAAUAGAACAAGACAUUGUGAAGCCACCGUCAGAUUUCGCCGACUCUCCGGUAACUGCGAAAACUACUCAGCGUCUGUACAAAAAGAUGGAUAAACGUUUUCGUUCGGAAGAUCGUUAUCAUGGCGGCGAACGCGGGCGUCACUAUAAGACGCGACAGGAGAAUAUACGCGCUAAGAGCGAGGAACGUAGCCGUGAUAACGUACACACACGCAGUCCGCAGAGUUUACGUCCAGCCGGUUCGAGUCCUUGCGUUCUGCCUGACGCGACAGCCGAUCAGAGCCAAAUCGUAUAUCGUGGACAUUACGAUCCGGCAAUCUACUCGCGCUUGACAGACGAAGAUAUAUGGGCACAGCUGACGCAUCAGAGCUUCGAUCGUUUUCGGGAUCGACGGCCCUCCACAGAUUCGGAGCGCAGUUUUCAUGCCAAAUUCCAAGUUAUACUUCAUCGCUUGAUUCAGCGUCGUUGCACUUUGGAAAUGUACCAUCGUCAGCGGAAUAACAACUUCCGCGUUGAUAAGUCCAUUGUCGUUAAAAGUGAAUCUGGCGAAUUUGGUUUUCGUAUACAUGGCUCGAAACCCGUUGUGGUCGCCGCCAUUGAACCCGACACACCAGCGGAAAAUUCCGGUCUCGAAGUGGGCGAUAUAAUUAUCUCUGUGAAUGGCAUUGAGGUGCUGGAUAAAAAUCAUACCGAAGUGGUGAAAAUCGCACACAAAGGUUGUGAGACACUCGAAUUGGAGGUGGCACGUACGAUCGGCGUACUCAUGCACGAACAAGAAGAGCCGCAGAGUCAGCCGAUUUACAGUGGUUACUUGUGGCGACAGAGCGGGCAGGCGAAGGGUGCGCCGAAUACGAAGAAGUGGGUGCGUCGUUGGUUCUCACUGCGACCGGAUAAUUGUCUGUACUAUUACAAGACGGAAGAUGACAACCAACCGGUUGGUGCUAUGAUUAUGGCCAAACACACUGUGGAUCACUGCCCGCCUGAGGUCGGCAAGCCGCACGCCUUCAAAAUCGAUCCUGGCGAAGGCAUACCGCUGUAUGUCGCCGCCGACUCGGAGGAGCUGUCCAGCCGUUGGAUUAAGUUGCUGAAACAAGCAGCCACGCAGACCACACCCUGGCUGGAUAAUUGCGCACAAAAUAUUUACAAGCCACCCUGCAGCAUUAUACGUCCGGACUGUUUUGGUUACCUGCUGAAGUUGGGCUCCCGCUGGUGUGGCUGGUCGAAACGCUACUGUGUGCUGAAGGAUGCUUGCUUGUACUUUUAUCAGGAUGCUAAUAGCAAAACGGCAUUUGGUAUGGCUUGCCUGCAUGGCUAUAAGGUACAAUUGAAUCCAACUAUUGCUGCGGGUAAGAAAUAUUCCUUUGAGAUUGCACCACCGGAUCCCGCAAGAUUUCGUCCUUUCUAUUGUUGUGCCGAAUCGGAAAUGGAUAGAAAGAGGUGGGUUUCGGCUCUGGAAUAUUCCAUUGAUCGUUGGAUUAAAUCCGGGUAACUAAGGUUGAAAACGGUGGGAAGUAAACGCAAGCGUAGCUUCAGCUACUACAUGGAGUAAAGGAAGACAAACGGAAAUGAAGAAACUGAAGAUUAAAGAAAGCGCCGUCAGAGAGGGUCCUAAGAAAAGACUUGGCUGCCAAAAAAUAAAGAAAAACAAACAAAAUACAAUUAAAUAAAUUUAAAAUAAAUAAUGUAAAGAAAUUAUUUAAGCUGAAAGUCACAAAAACUACUUAGAUAUCUAUGAAUAAUUUUAAGGUUAUGAAACUGUAAAACAGCGAAAAAUGUAGAACUCAAAAAUAAAGAAUGUAAUAAUUCAAAAUAAAGAGAACUGAAAAGCAGAGUUGGAAAAAUGUUUAAAUAAAACGGUAUGUUGCCGAAAAUGUAUUGCAAAGGUGUGUAAUAAAAAAAAAUAUUUAAAUGCCGCAUAAUGAAA